AUGGGCGAAGGUGAUAGAAAAGCACAGCUUGAAGAAAUUCAAUCUAUUGAAUCGAUAUAUGGUGAUUUGAUUCAUUUCGAAUCGUCUUCACAACUCAGUAUACAGUUUAACGAUGUACGGUUGACUAUCUCUCUUCCCAAACAUUACCCAACAAGCUCACCGCCAUAUUUCGAGCUUAGCGGUCCGUCAUUAACAGAAGUCCAGAAAGAAGAGGUGAAAAAUUCUAUGAAUGAAAUUUAUGCAAGGAAUGUUGGCCAACCAGUUUUGUACGAGUGGAUUAGAUACCUGAAUGACUAUUUAGCUGAUUUUGAUAGUAGUUUCAAGGAAGAACCAAUCGAUGAAGAUGAAUCUCCAUCCAUUAAUACAGUUAUUUCACCGGCAUCAUCUCAACAGUGCAUUCCAACUAUAAUCAGUGGCAAUUCAUUGGUAGAUCGGAAAAGCACCUUUCAAGCGCAUGUUGCACAAGUAACCCUUGUGCUGAAUAAGUUGAAGGAAAAUAACAAAAUUGCAAGGGCAACACAUAACAUGUAUGCAUGGUUAACUGAAGAAAAUGUAAAUGGCCGCUUGAUAAAACAGCACGAUUGUGAGGAUGAUGGUGAGAUCGGUGCAGGUGCAAAAUUAUUGAAUUUAUUAGAGUUGAUGAAAGCAAAAAAUGUACUGGUCAUCAUUACUCGCUGGUACGGAGGUAUACAUCUUGGGCCGGAUCGAUUUCGACAUAUUUGCAAUUUAGCACGCCAGAUCCUGGUGGACAAUGGUUUUUCCGGUCGUACUUGA